AGUCCUGUGCAUUUAGUGCGUUAAUAUCUUCCUUGCACACAAAACAUACUGAGUUGAGUUGAGUAAAACACCGAGUUCUAGAGAGAGAAAAAAAUGUAUCAAGUCGACGGUAGAGGAGGUUGUUGUAUAGCUAGAUUCGCAGGAGGUAACACAUAUGAUAUAUCAAAAGUUAACCGGAUAAUGUUACGGUUCAGACCGAUCGCUCCGAAACCGACCACUGGUGCUUCUGUUUCACCAACAGUAAGCAGCGGCAAGACUUUUGCUAGAACUGGUAGAGGCAAGAGAAAACACUCCAGAGUAAAUAACAACAACAACACAAACAAGCGGUGUAAUAGUAACAGAAAAAGAAAAGUUUUUACUGAAGGAAAAAGCGACUCCGUUGUUACUUUGCCGCUGUUACCUGACUCUCCGGCAAGAUCGUCGCAGAUGGGCCCUCAAAACAAGGAAGGACGUAAUUUGAAGGCGCCUAUGUGGCUUAACUUCGAUAAAAGUGGCCAGUGUAAAGAUCAGCUUGUGAUAUCCAGUGGGUUUGGCAGUUCAGCGGAUCAGACGGUAGUGAUGAUGCCUCAGGCAGUAAAGGUAGCGGGAUCGUGUGUGACGGUGGAAUGUGUGACGGAUACAUGGGUGGAUGGUCGUGGAUUGGGGAGCACGGACGAGGAGAGAAGAAUGAAUCUUGGGAGGGACACGUGUCCUGGGUUUCUAUCUGAUCAGUUUGGUAGAGUCACAUGGACCAACGAAGCUUACAGGAAGAUGGUGGGCCAAGAAGAAAGCAAAGAGAUGGUGGUGUGGUUGGUGAUGAAAGUACCGAUGACGGCGACACUAACGUACCCGGCUUUCACUUGCAUGGUGAGGCUACAGUACAGGUUUGGCAAAGAGAAGAGCUCCAUCACACUACCGUGUGACGUUUGGCGAAUGGACGCUGGUGGUUUUGCAUGGAGACUCGACGUCGAGGCCGCUCUCUGUUUGGGUCGGUAAAUCAAAAGUUAACCGUCUGAUCCGACUCUCAACCCUUAACAUUGACGUAGCAUGCAACUCUCUCAGUACCUUUACCUAAAAAAAAUUGUAAAUAUUGUUGGGGGUUUCUGAUAUAAUGUAUGCUUUUGUGAAAUAAAUUUCCACUGUUAAUGCACGCUUUUUAUCUUUUCCUUUCAGUUGAGAAGAUGAUGUUCGACAGUAACAUGUUUAAUGUAAUGAAAUUAUUCAGCGUUUAAUGCUA